AUGGCCCCGCACACCACGGACAUGAAUGCCCGCGAUGUCGCCGCUCGUGGCGCUCUGAUGAAUAGCUGGACGUCAGUCAAUGCGCCACCGUUUCCCUUGCCUGGUAUCUCCGCCUCGCACGGGCGGUCUUCGUCAGUCCAUGAACUUCACGAAAGGCACGAUCACUGCCCAGAAUCUCUGCUUUGCCUCUUGGAUACGCAUCAACGGCCUCCAUAUCCCACCGCAUUGAUAAUUCGUGCCGCCAUUCUAGGAAGCAGGGAGCGGCGUCUGGCGCUAACCGACAUAUUCACGGCCAUCCAAGAGAAAUACCCUUACUUCAGAGCCAGCUCGGCAGAACGAACUAUGAAGCAAGCAGUUGAGUUCGAGCUCUCCAUACAUGACAUGUUUCGACGACAGAAGGCGACACCCGACGGCCCUUGGUUGUGGAAAGUGGAUUUAGGCGUCCACAUACCCUCGCUACAUUGUCACUCGUCGGGGGAGCAUGUUGGCAUAGGGGCACAUGGUGUCAAUGAGGGAUCGCCAUCAUUUUGUUGCCAGCGCCGGGCGCGUUCUCCUCUCGGCGCCGAAACGCCAUGCUCACCAUCACACCAAUUCUCGCCGCCACCCAGAGAUCCUACCCCCUUAGCUGCGAUCGAGAGUCUAGUCGGUUCUGUCGAGGUAGAAGAAGCUCACAUACCGAGCUGGAGACCUUCAGUUCGCGAUAUUCGCUUGCUUCUUGAGGACGACACACAUCCGCGCCAUCCUGGCUGUCCGGACGCCCUCAGUUGCCUCGAGGAUAUGCUGGUCGAACCUCGUUAUACUGUCCCCGUUAUGAUACGCUGUACUAUCCUUAGUGCAAGCGACCGCAAGCUAUCGACGCAUCAAAUUUGCGAAACGCUCAAGAUCAAGUACCCCUACUUCCAAUCGCGCGACGCCGAGCGCAAGCUGAACAAGGAUGUACGAAAGAACUUAAGUAAAUGUCCGUUGUUCGUGAGGACUUCGGAGAAGUGUCGCAGCCCAGGAUCAGCCAACAACGAUGUCGCUCGUCAUCCCUCGGCGUCGUUUUGGACAGUGGACCUUUCCGUCAGGGUAGCAAUGAUCUAUACUCCCAAUCCAUGUGCAGCGAGUCGCACUGCUCGUCGUCAAAGCGCGGAGUAG